AUGAUGCAGGGCUGCCCUCUGCAGCCCUUCACGUCCCAAGGGGGAGGGAGGGAGCUGUGCCCCCGUGGGGGGGGACUUUCCACGAAGGCGAACCCAGGAAGGGCAGGCCGCAGCAGCUCAGAGGGCAGCAGGUACCCAGCUCAACAGCGCAAAGCCACCCAUCGCAGGAAGAAGCCCCAGCCGGGAAGCCCAAACGCGCCCCUCCCGGCAGGUCCUUGGCCUGGCUCUGCCUCUCCCUCUCCCUCUGCCGGGACCGCUCCCUGCCCGUUCUUGGCCAGGUUUUCCGGGGGGGGGGGUCCUGGCCUCCUUCCUGCGGCUGGUCGAGAGGGUCACCCGGCUGGCUGCCUUGCCACAAGGGCAGGACUCGACCUCAGCGUCUCCCGGUUUCCAGCCGGGUGCCCCCCCCCCGCUGCAGCGCACGGGCUCCCUCCUCAAGGCCCCGGUGGCUCCCGAGCUGGGGGGCCGCAGCCCCAAACGUGGGAGGGCCGCGGGUUCGGGUCCGCCUCUGCGGGGGCCAGCGAUGACGAGAUCGCGCGUUGGCCUCGCCGAGCCGUGGACGCGCCCUCCGGCCCCAGGCCGGGACCACCGCGAGGACACCCCGGCUUGCGGGGGGCCCUUUCGGGCCGCUCCGGCCUCGCGGGCUGCCGCGCCCCGCCCCCGCGCCCCGCCCCCGCCCGGCGCCUGCUGGGAGCUGUAGUCCCGGCCUCCCUGCGCGGCGGAGCGUCUGGCCGGAGCGACCGGGCGGCGCGCGGGGCUCCGAGCCAGGCGGCCCUCCCGGCGAGCGAGGCGCGGCGCGGCGGGGCGGGGCAGGCGGGCGGCGGCGCGCCCGGCCCGCGGACCCGAUCCUGCCCCGCGGCGGCGCGCCCGGGCGCGUGGCUGCCCGCGCCCCCCCGCCCCGCUCCCCCAGCGGUGGGGCAGGCCGGGGCGCCUCUCCCGCGCCCGCGGAUGGUGCCGGUGCGGUGUGAGGACGCGGCUCUUUAUCUUGUCCCCGAGCACUGGCGAGGCUGGGCAGUGCGUGAAAACACCAUGCGGGAGAAUUAUGGGGCUGCGAUUGCUCUGGGCUCCCCGGUCACCAAACCGGAGAUCAUUCCCCAGGAAGGGGGCCUGUUGCCAGCCAAGGGCCAGGACGCAGGGGACCUGCAGCAGCCGCCUGAUGCAGGCGCUGAGCAGGCUGUCAAGGGUGAGCAGCAGCUACAGGCAGCAGCGGCCAGGCCUGAUGGGCCAGUAGAGCCAAAAGACCCGGCCAGGAGCUGUCCAGGUGAGUGGCUCAUCCGGACAGUGAAAGUGGAGGCAGAGGACUACUCAGAGUGGCCGGCUGGACUGAGCACGGAGGCACUGCUCUCGGGGCUGCCCCUGGCGAGUGCCUGCAAGUCGGAGGGCAGGAUCCUGGGCCCGGAGUGCCAGGACGGGGGCAGCCUGGGCGAGCUGUCCGGCCUGGCCCUGCAGCAGUGGCAGAUGCUGAGCCAGGACAAGCCGCUGGGCUGUCCCCGCUGCGAGCGUCCGGCCGCCCCACUCGGAGGCAGCCUCGGGGACCCCCGGCCGCGCCCCUUUGCCUGCCUCCAGUGCGGCAAGGCCUUCGGGAAGAAGGCCCACCUGACACGGCAUGCCCGCGUCCACACCGGGGAGCGCCCCUUCGCCUGCACCCACUGCGGCCGCCGCUUCUCCCAGAAGAUCCACCUGGGCUCGCACGAGCGGGUGCACACUGGGGAGCGCCCCUUCCCUUGCGACCGCUGCCCCAAGAGCUUCCGCAAGAAGACGCACCUGGUGCGCCACCAGCUCACCCACACGGGAGAGCGGCCCCAUGCCUGCUCGCUCUGUGCCCGCAGCUUCGUACACCGCCGGCACCUGCUGCGGCACCAGCGCCUGCACGAGGAGGAGGGGGCGGCCCCCCCUGGGGACCAUUUUGAACAGGGGCAAGCCACCCCCCCUUGCGAGAACGGCCUGGAGCUCGGGCAAGUCAUGGGCCUCAGUGGGGGCUUCCCACAGUCUGGAGAGGUGCUGGCCACUUCCGCUCUGCUGGGGCAGGCCUGCAGGGUUCAGGGGCACCGGGGACAGGCCGCCAUUCCGUACGGGGCUGGGAUGGAGCUGGGGAAGUCCCCCGCCUCCUGUGCAGGGCACAUGGAGCCUGACCAGGGCCCCCUUCUCUUUAAGGCUGAGCCGGGGCUGGGUGGGGCCCCGGGCACAGACCGUGCCCUGGAGAGGGACGACCGGCCCCUGGGGGAAGCCCUUCCGGAGCCAGGAGGCUGCGGAGCCCUCUGCGGGGCGGAGGCGGCAGAGGGUACACCCUGCCUGGAACAGGUGGGCAAGGCCGAAUCUGAGGAGGUUGCUGGCGCUGGCCAGCAGCCAGAAGAGAAGCCCUUCCUGUGCUCCGACUGUGGGAAGGCAUUUGCCUGGAGGAAGAACCUGGCCUCCCACCAGCGGCUCCAUGCGGAGGGGGGGCGGCCCUUCUCCUGCGCCGAGUGCGGCCGAGGCUUCAGCGACAAGCGUCACCUGACGGCGCACCUGCGCGGCCACAUGGGGCUGCUGCCAUACGCGUGCCCCCACUGCGAACGAAGCUUUGCGCAUCGGGCUGGCCUGGCUGCCCACCAGUGCGGGGGCCACACAGGGCAGCGCCCCUUCGCCUGCAGCGAGUGUGGCCGCUGCUUUGCCCACAAGCGGCAUUUGCAGAGACACUGGCGAAACCAGCACUCAGCGGAACGCCCCUACUCCUGUGCCCAGUGCGGGCGCACAUUCAGCACCCGGGCCAGCUUGCUGGCACACAUCAAAUCUCACGCCGGCCAGCGCCCAUUUGCCUGUCCCCUGUGUGGGCGGGCCUUCAGCCGGAAAUCGCACCUGGCCCGCCACGAGGCUGUGCACACGGGGCUGCGCCCCCACGCCUGCACUCAGUGUCCCCGGCGCUUCAGCUCGAAGACCAACCUGGUGCGGCAUCAGGCCGUGCACACGGGGCUGCGCCCGUAUAUCUGCACCCACUGCGCCCGCAGUUUCAGCCGCAAGACCCACCUUUUGCGCCACGAGCGCACCCACACCAGCACUCCCCUGCCCAGCACCACCGGUUGGGUGACUGCCUUGCCGCAGAGUUCUCUGCUCCUGCCGCCUGAGCAGCGCCCGCCUCUCCUCUUGCCCAUGGCCCUGGAGUCCCCCUGGCCAUGAGGAAACCCAGACACUCCCCUUGUGCUGUGGGCAGCAGUUGGCUUAGGGGACCCUCGUCCCUCCGAGCAAAGCCCGGCCCACCGCAGGACCCCCUCAACGGCCUGAAUAAAAUGCAAGUUCAGCAAGCUGAACGUUACACAUUUGCAUCGUUCCUGUAAUUUCCCAAGUUUUGACCUUUGAAAGAUGAAAAUGAGAUGACCUAUAUGACACAUAAUUUAUUCCUGAUUGCCAGUUACUGAAGACCUGGCUCUUCCUGUGGCUUUUAAGGUUUCUAAGCUGUGGCCAACAUGCCCCGGUCCCACUUACCACUGCCAUAAGGACCGGUGGCUUUGGUCUGUGGAGGACGGAGAUCUGGCGGUGGCUGGGAAGUGGGCUCGCUCAGAGCCCGAGAAUCCCUGGGUCCGGGUGUCCUGCCUGGAGAUGGGCUUCUCUUGGCAAGAUGCCCCGGUGCCACGUGGUUGCUUCAGUUUUAAGUAAUGACAGAAAAGCUGUUUCUGGAAAAGAGUAGAGAAAUCAUUUUAGUAGCAUCAUAAGGCAAAUAUAAAUUACAUUUUGUAAUCCUUUCUCUGAUGUAAACAAUAAAGAAAUUGAAUUCUG